AUGCAAUUACCGCCUCCACCCUCGUUGAAAACAACGAUCAUCCAACUUAAUAAAGAUAUCGACCCUGAGGAUAAUAAUUAUGAAAUUCUCAAUAAUGUCUAUAAUACUUCCUCAAGUGGUGGGUCUCCCUCGAUAGCUGCAGUUGCAUCCACAACUGAACAGCCAAAAAAGAAACGAAGGAGAUCCAGCUCUUUCGUCGAUGAUGACGAAUUGGCACGCAGAAAAAACGAAACGAAGCAGCUUCAUUCCAUUAUAGAAAAAAGGAGGCGGGUCAAGAUCAACCGUGAGUUUGAAGCUCUCAAGUACAUUAUUCCCGCCUGCCGCAAUACGGAUAACACCGCAAAGAAAAACUCAUCUUCGAACAACGGAUCCAAGAUUGACGGCAUGUACAAGCUCACAAUCCUCAAAUCCUCGGUAGAGUACAUUUUGUACUUGCAUCAUAUCAUCCAGAAGCAACACGAACUUUUAUCGCAAAAUGUGAAGGAUUAUAGUUACGACACUAGCUUCACCCAGGUUCCUAUAGAUGUGAAUCAGUACAGGAAUAUCGACAAGGACUUUCACUUCUCUGAUCUUGCUGCUCCCACCCCAAAGUCCCUGAACUCCACUUGUGAGUCCAUAAAGGAAGACAACGAAGAUGAACCGACACAGAACCGCCCAGCUGUUGGCACUCUACAACGGGAUGAAGAGAAGCUGAGCCCCGCUCCCCCAUUGAUCUCCAGAAAGUCGUCUUCGGAUGAAGAGCAGCUUCCUAGCCCAGACUCAACACCAGACAUAGCACCAUUAUUAUCUCUUCUAGGGAAGUAUUCAGGUGACCAAAAGAGUGCAUUUGCUCAACAACAGGUACAAUUGCAAAAGAGUAUAGGAAGGUUCCUGCUGAUGGAUCAACUCGACCAAGUCAACAAGAGCUUUCUGUAUCUGACCUCUCAAACAAGGUCCGGUUCCGUAUCGUCUGCCACAUCGCCAUUCACCAUACCAAUCAAGCUGAAUACUAAGAAAGCGUCUUUUGUUUUGCCUGAUCCCGCCAUCCCAACAAGUGCGCCUGUCCCUUCAAAUGAGGAGGGUACGGAAAAGUCUACUUCUUAUCCGAAACGAUUGUAUUUCAAGUCUCGCGUCCCAGCAAACAACAUGACAGCUCAUAUAGGGGCAACUUGUGAAUAUGAAGUCGACCUGUCGUCGGAAGAUGGCAAGCUUGAAGAUGCGUCAAAAACGCUACUAUUGCUUCGCAAGCCAAGCAUCGAAAAGCUUCUCAAUUGA